AUGCUUCUUCAUAAACUUGUGUCAUUUCUGCUCAUCUUCACCAGCUUAGUUUACUCUGCUCCUCUGACGUGUGAACAGCUCACUCAACCUGCAGAACGAAUCGACCCACGAAAUCUAGAGGGGACAUGGGCCCUCAUAGGCGGCAGUAUCAGCUACCUGCCUUACCUGGAGAUAUUUGGGCAACGAGACAGUGCAUUGAUCCAUUUUCCCAGCCACGAGAGUGUGACAAACAUAUCCUACUCUCGUGGAUUACGCCUCGACGGCAAAUGCAUGUACAGUACUUCCAAUAUUACUCUGAAUGGAAGCCGCUUCACCUUUGAUGGGACUCCAGCGGAAAAUUCAAGCUGUGUUUUUGUGCGGACAUCUUGCUCCGACUGCCUGCCAAUGCUCUUCGAUGUGGACUCGGGACAGAGGACUCACUUCUACCUCUUCAGCCGGAGGAGAGGUCUGGAGCAGGACGAGAAGAACGAGUUCAUGGAGCAGGUGCGAUGUCUACAAAUGCCACCACCAGUCUUCAUGGAUCCCACCAAACAGCUCUGCCCCUGGCCUGAAGAAACACUAAACUAG